ACCAACAACAACAACAACAACAACAACGGUAACAUCAACAGCAACUUUUAAAUAGAUAAAACAACAACAACAUUAGCCACACAUAUCCAAGGUGUGACACAAAGCAGCCACCAAUCUUCUCACGCAAUAAAAUGCGCUGUCGACGGGCAGCCAGAGGAGCGACAGCAGCAGCCGGAGGAGGAGGAGGAGGCGAAGGAGGCGAGGGCCGUGCAGGAGGGCGAGCAAUCGCCGGGGAGAAGGUGCUUGGCAAACUCGCUGGCAGAAGAGCCAGCAGAUUUAGCCCCCCAUCUGGAGUCUGGGGCGCUGGCAGCGUACUGCUGGCAUUUCUGGCAGCUGUCAGCUUUCGUGGCAUGCACAACCCACUGGCAGCAAGUGCCACGACCCUUGGCGACAACUCAUCGCUAAUUGCGGCAACGAAUGGGGCAACAGAGGCUGCCACAGCUGCCACAGCCUUGCCGGGCAAUCAGUUGGGCAUUGAGCCAGAGAGCAGCACCACGGAACAACAAGCGGCGGAUACUUGGAGUGAGCGCCCCGAUACGGCAACACUGACAAAAGGCUUCUCGAUACCCACGUAUUUGCCACCUUUUCCGGAUUUCAUUGCUGCUGAUUUGCCACAGACAUCGUUGACAACGAUGACAGACUCAGCGCAGCUGGGCCACAAUCCAAUCCCCGCGGUCCUGGACAUUGACGACAUGAACUCCAUGCAAUCGACUCUUAAUAAGCAGCAGCCACAGCCACAGCCACAGCCACAGCCACAUAUGCGUCUGCAUGCCUACGAUAGUGAACAAAAGGAGCAGCAGCUGCGGCGAGAGAAGGAGCUGGCACGUGAGCGGGAGCAGCUGCCCCGUCGUCAUCUCAGUUUGCCAUCUCGUAACGUUACUGUGCAGGCCGGCCAGCAUGCCUACCUGCCGUGUCAGCUGCAUCAGCACUCAAACAAGCCGCUCUCCUGGAUACGUUUACGGGAUGAACAUAUCAUAGCCGUGGAUCACACAACAUUUAUCAAUGAUGCACGCUUCGCAGCGCUACUCCAAGCCUCCCAUGCUAACCUAACCAGCAGCCUAUUGGAGUUUGUCAAUGGCAGCAGCAGCAAUGGCAGCAGCAGCAACGGCAGCGGCAGCAGCCUUGGCUGGACGUUGCUCAUCAAAUAUGUCAAUCUGCAGGAUAUGGGCUGGUACGAAUGUCAGCUAGCCACAGAGCCCAAAAUGAGUGCCAAAGUGCAGCUCUUUGUGAUAACACCAAAAACGGAACUUAUUGGUGAUAAGCAGCGUUUCGUAAAGGCCGGCAGCCGAGUGGAACUGCACUGCAUUGUGCGUGGCACCUUGGAGGCACCAAAGUAUAUUGUCUGGUAUAGGGAGAAGCAACAGGUGAUGUCUGAGAACGAGGCGAGCGGCACCGAGAAUGGCUGGUAUACGCAAAUCGAUCGCAAUAUCUUUGGCAGCACCGAGCACAAUCGCAAUACGAUUGGCAGCCUAAUCAUACCCAUAGUGCGUAAGAGCCAUUCCGGAAACUACACCUGCGAGCCGGAAAACAGUGAAGCAGUCUCCAUACAACUGCAUGUGCUUAGCGGCGAAUAUUCCGCAUCAGCAAUCAUGUCCGCCGCAGCUGGAUUGUAUAAGCACGGCCAUGUCUACAACAGUUUCCAUCAAUGGCUCAUAUUUCUGCUAUUGGCCAUUCAUAAGACAUGAGCAUCAGCAGCGAGGUCAUCCAGUUGGAGCAUUAUCUGUUUAAUAAUACUGAUAAGAUUAACAUAUAGGUAAAUUGCACACUCUUUUAAAGUUAAAUUACAAAUUACAAACACCAGUGGAAGUGUUUGCGACGAUUUCUCACAUCAUUUCAACACCGUAUUUUAUACAAUUUCUAGAUAUAAUAUGUCAUGUCCUUUGUUAUUGUUUUUGAAAUUAGAUUGCUAAGCAUUUUUAACUUUAA